ACGUACAAUAUUUUCUAGGGUUGCAAAAUCCAUCCCCCGUGAAAAUGUUGAAACAGAAGUUCUGCCGACAUGAAACACAAUCAUCGAACCCAAUCCCAGUUGAUCUGCUCAUGGAUGUACUCUCUCUGGUUCCGGCAAAGACCAUAGCUAGGUUUCGUUGCGUAUCAAAAUCCUGGGCAUCCAUAUUUCGCCGUGAAGAUUUCACUGAGCUGUUUCUGACAAAGUCUAGCACUCGUCCACGUCUCCUUUUCACCUUCAAAGUUGAUGGUAAGUUGUGUCUCUACUCUACACUUCAGCCUCAUAAUCCAGACGAUAACUCUUCCCUUGUAGCCGCCCCUUAUACGUCUUUUCCCAAACAAGUUGCAACUUCCACAAGUACACCGGUUUGUGGACUGUUCCUGCUUCAGGAACGGAGAAAAAAAAAGGUACGGGUGGUCUGUAACCCUGCCACGGGAGAGUUUCUAACCUUGCCCAAAGUGCUUCUGAGAGAAAAGAAUUUACUUGCUAAGGACACAGAAGCGAGAGACAAGAUUGUGGGAAUGUAUCUAGGCUACGAUCCAAAGCGUAAACAGUUCAAAGUGUUGUGUAUGACUAGGACCUCUUCACCUUAUGAAGUUAGAGAUAAUACUCAUCAGGUUUUGACACUGGGGCCUGGAAAGCGUUUUUGGAGACCGGUCGAACGCAAAUUCCAUUUUGAGGAGAACUUUAUAAUAUGGCGUGAACUAUGCAUAAACGGUGUUUUAUAUUUCGGAACUGGCCGGUGCAGUUAUUAUUCUUCUGAGAUAGUUUGCUUCAACGUUGGGUCUGAGAAGUUCAGCUUUAUCAACACGAACGAAGAAAUGAGGUAUUCUAAUACUUGUUCUUCUUUGACUUUGUUCAACUACAAAGAUAGAUUAGGUGUACAUCGUCGGGAGGAUACUUAUCAAACCAGGAUUGUGUUUUGGGUUAUAGAAGAUGCUGAAAAUCAUAAAUGGUUCAAGCAUAUCUACGAACUGUCUUCUUUGGGGAAGAACAUGAUCACAGGUACCAGGUUUGUAGGAAUGACUAGUACAGGUGAAUUUGUGUGGGGGUCGCCGGGAAACCAUGAACAUUCUCUUUACCUAAUCUUCUACAAUUUGGAAGGUGAAACUUUUACAAAUGUCAAUGUUCAGGGGAUUCAAGAGUUGACGCAUCAGUAUAGAUUUAUUGAUACCUAUGUAGAUUAUGUGGAGAAUAUGAAGUGGCUUAUGUAACUUUGUCCAAUGCUUUCAUAUCCCUUUAUUAUUACUUGAGACUCUGUGUUGUGGGUUCUAGGAGAUGCUGCAAGCCAUAAAUGGUCUACGCAAAAAGUCAGAGAGCCAUAUGUUCAUGGCUUUCCAACAUAUGACUUGGAGCCUUUUCUUUUGGAUUUCAAUAAAUGUGUUUUAUGAGCA